AGAUGGCAGUACGAUCGAUAAUAUCUUGAUUUCACCAAUAUAAAAUUGUAACCUUUUGAUAUUAACAAAAAAUAAUAAAAGUCGUUUGAGACAAAUAGAUUGUAGAAUUAAUUAUAUUACAAAAGUUUCAUCUUCGUCUUUAUUGCAUUAAAAAUUAUGGAAGAUACAAUAGGAAAGAUUAUUAAAUGCAAAGCAGCAAUUGCAUGGAAAGAAAAGCAACCAUUAUCCAUUGAAGAGAUUGAAGUAUCACCACCAAAAGCACAUGAAGUACGCAUUAAAAUAAUAGCCACUGCUUUGUGUCAUACCGAUGCAUAUACUUUAAGUGGAUUAGAUUCCGAAGGUAUAUUUCCAUGUAUCCUUGGACACGAAGGUAGUGGUAUCGUUGAGAGUGUUGGAGAAGGUGUAACUGAAUUUAAAAAAGGUGAUCAUGUUAUACCUCUUUACAUACCGCAAUGUAAAGAAUGUAAGUUUUGUAAAUCAUCUAAAACAAAUUUAUGUAGUAAAAUUCGUGCUACUCAAGGAAAAGGUUUAAUGCCUGAUAAUACAUCUCGUUUUACAUGCAAAGGACAAUCGAUUGCUCAUUUUAUGGGUUGUUCAACAUUUUCUGAAUAUACUGUUGUAUCAGAUAUAUCUCUUGCAAAGAUUGACAGUAAUGCGCCAUUGGAAAAAGUAUGUUUAUUAGGAUGUGGUAUACCUACUGGAUAUGGAGCUGUGCUUAAUACUGCUAAAAUAGAACCUGGAAGUACAUGUGCCAUUUGGGGUCUUGGUACUGUUGGAUUAGCAGCAAUAUUUGGCUGCAAAACUGCUGGAGCCUCACGUAUCAUUGGAAUAGAUGUUAAUUCUUCUAAAUUUGAAUUAGCCAAAAAAUUUGGAUGUACCGAAUUGAUCAAUCCCAAAGAUUAUGAUAAACCUAUUCAAGAAGUUUUGAUAGAAUUAACUGACGGUGGUCUUGAUUAUACAUUCGUUUGCGUUGGAAAUGUUCAAACUAUGCGUGCUGCUUUAGAAUCUUGUCAUAAAGGAUGGGGCAUGUCUGUGAUCAUUGGUGUAGCUCCUGCUGGUGAAGAAAUUAGUACUAGACCAUUUCAAUUAGUAACUGGACGUAUGUGGACAGGUUCUGCCUUUGGUGAUUGGAAAUCUAAAGAAAGUGUUCCUAAACUGGUGGACGAAUACAUGUCUAAGAAAUUACUUAUCGAUGAAUUUAUUACUCAUAAUUUACCAUUUGAGAAAAUUAAUGAAGCUUUCGAUCUUAUGCACUCUGGAAUUUGCUUAAGAGCAGUUCUCAAAUAUUGAAAGUAAAUAUACGUAUAUAUAUAUAUAUAUAUAUUUUUUUUUUUUUCUUUAUGGUUCAUAUAUAUUAAAUAAUAAUUAUUAAAAAUUAUUUUUCCAUUAAGGUUUAUAAGAAUUUUAUAAAUACAUAUAAUAUAUUUCAUUAAUAUUUGUAGUUGGACUUUAAUGGUGUUUCUAUCAUACCUCUCUCCUGUUACGCUUUCAUAAGAAUUGUUAUUAAAAGAAAUAGGUAUUGCCAAUGAAAGAUAACGAAUUUCUACAACAAUCUUUAUUCAUAAAGAAUUCUUACAUUCACAUUUACAAUACUAACCAAGUGAGAUAUUAUUUAUGGUAGCUUCGAAAAGAAGUAAAAAUUCUUUACGCUUCGAUUAGGUGCAUACCUUAGAAAAAUCAUCAUGGCAAUAAGGUCAUUUACGGAUGAUUUUUUUUUCUUUUUUCUUUUCUUUUCUUUUUUUCUUCUUUUUUUUUUCUUUUUUUUUUUUUUUUUCUUUUUCAUUGUAUAUAAUCAGGUAUAUACAAUAAUGCAAGACUCCGGUAAAACUAUAUAUUCACGUUCCCUUUUACAUUAAUAUUAAUUGAUCUAGGUCGAUAGUACAAUAAUCGAGGCGGAAUGUAAGUUGCGCAUAAUAGCAGGAAAGAAGAGUAAUUCGUUAGUUCAUUUUGUGGACGAUAAUCUCUUAAUCAAUCGAAUGGUGUUUUUAUUUAUUUAUAAUAUAUGUGUCAAUGUAAUUGAAUUUUUCUUGAUUCAAGAGACAACACGACGCCAUGUUCAUUAAGAGACAGCAAAUAUUUUCAAAUGUAUUUGAAUUCAACAAAUAAUCAAAUCAAAUACAAAGAAUUAUAAUUAUAUCUUGUAGUAUAUUACAUUCUUAAUCGGUGUCAUAAUGCAAUUACAGAUACUUUAUAAACGACAAUUAUAAAUAAAUCAAUAUUAAUACUUAAUGUGAAUAUAAUUUAUAAUUUAAUUAUACAACCAAAGUAAAUAUAUUUAUAUGAAAAAUCUUGAUAAAGACAUUAUAAGAGACUA